GAUCAAACGUUUAAUGAGACUAUUUCAACCGAAAAAACAUAAUGAAUCCAACAUAACUUUACCAUCCCCAUCAUUAGAUCAUGAAAUACCGCAGUCUAUACCCGGUGAUAAAGCUCUUGGGACACAGCGAAGAAGACAUAGCUUUCGAUCUCUAUGUCACCAUUCACAAAAACAGAGUGAAACACCAUUGCCCUCUUUUAUAGAUCCAGGUUCUAAUAUCUCUGCCCCAGCAGCUCUUGAGACAGGUAGAAUUAUUGCUGACAAGGAUCUAAAGUUUUAUCAGGGCGGAGUACGUAAGAAAUAUCAAACCACAUUGAAAUGGAUUGGCAGAAUUGGGUUUAUCGCAAAAGGAGUUGUGUAUGGAUGUAUUGGUGUAUUGACGAUUACAAAUGUGACAGGCGCUUGGACCCCAAAUGGUAGUCAAGGAAAUGAAUCACCUCAGGGAGCAUUCUUGUUAUUAGGUGGUAUUCCUUCAAUUGGUAGAUCUAUUUUAAUUGUUAUGGCUGUUGGUCUUAUUCUAUAUAUUAUUUGGAGAUUUUGGGAAGCAAUCACAGGUCAAGGCAGUGAUGCUUCUUUUAGUGCUAAAAAGAAUUUCUUUCGAUAUCGACUUUCUCCUUUUGUCAGCGGCUGUGUUUACACAGCUUAUGGAUACUAUGUUAUCCAUAUGAUCUUUCAAACAAAUGAAGAGCAACAAAAAUCUGCUUCCAGUAGUACAUUUCCCGCUAGCUGGACCAAUAACACGAUUGGUAAAGCAGGUAUUGGUCUCUUGGGUGUUGCAUUUCUUAUUGCCUUUAUAACACAAAUGGUGAAUGCUAUUAGUGGUAAUUUUAUUAGGGACCUCAAGACAAGUGAACCCGGAGCUCGUCCAUGGGAAGCCCGUAUUGUACAUCUCUUUGGUCGUAUUGGAUUUGGAGGUCGUGCAGCACUCUUUGGUACUGUCUCAGGUUUCUUUUGGGAUUCAUUAGCAGAAUCUAAUGAAUCGGGUGAUAAGAAUAUGGUAGCAGCUGCAAUUAGUAAAUUAGCUAAUAACAGUGGGGGUAAGUUCUUUAUGGUUAUCUUGGGCUUAGGAUUAGUUAUCUAUGCUGUCUUUGCAGUGGCGAAUGCAUACUACAAGUAUUUUCCAACACCACCACCAACACGACACGAAUAUUACACACAUCAUGUUGUACAUCCAGAACAAGAUAGUCAGAGUUGCUCAUCUAAUGAAGGUAUCCGAUCUAUGGAGGCGUCAGGAUCAUCUAUAAUAAUACCUAUGACAGAACCAAAACAGGAUAAGAAAAUAAUAACAAAAGAAGAUGUAACAACAGCAAGUGAUAUAAAGCAAGACUAUGAAAAAUAUAAAAAACAUAUCCCUUGGCUGACCUUUAUAAGAAGAGAUACAGAGCAAACACCUUCAUCCUCCUCUUCAAAUCACGAUGAUGAAAUAGAUUUAGAGAAGCAAUCAAAAAGUAAUAAUAAGCUUAUUAAAACGACGACGAAUAUAAGUGACGAAAAGCAAAAGAUGAGUUAUCGAGAAAGAAUUAAGUCAUGGUUUUAUUAUCAAAAGUAA